AUGCUAAGCCCAAUUCAAUGGGCAGCGCCAGCGGCACGACCGUCCCUCCUCCCGCCGCCCUGCAUGGUGCCCCAAGGCCCACCGCGCGGGGCGACUUGGCUUCCCAACCUAUUGGGCUGCAGCCUGCGGAAGAGUGCCCGUCGCGAAGCGCGAGCCAAUGCUCGCGAAACGCAGCCCCUGGAUGGCGCGGGAGGUAGCGCACAUCCGGGCGGCGCGCUCGCCCCCCCGCGGUGGAAGCUCUUCCAGGCUUCGCUGCUGCCGGCUUGCAUGGGCAUUGGCCUGGCGUCCCUCGCGGGCCCAGCGUUGGCGGAGGGCCUGUUGAGGGAGGAGCCGUCGAAUGCGCUGUCCUUCCCGACGUGGGUGAUCCACAUCUCGAGCGUCACGGAAUG